AAAGUGUAUUAGUGAAGUAACUACAGCACUUAAUUUUGGAUUUCAUGGUGGAUGUGAUCUAGCUUGUUCUAAUGCAUGCAUUAGUAAGCUUUUAUUCACAAUCAUAAUGUCUCUUAAGGUUGAUAAUAAACGAACAAGAGAUUUAGUGUGCAAUGUAUAUGGUGAUAGUGGGAUUUUGGCAUGA